GCAUGCUUAGCAAACAUGUACCGCCAAUUGGGUAUUGCCACCCGCGCUGGGAUGAACAGUCUCUGUGGAUGUGUAAUUCUCCUUCUGUGCUGGAUCUUUGAGUAUUUCCCCUGCUUUCGACCACCUCUUUCCCGUUCAUAUGCCGAGUUUGAGCAUCGAUGCAGAAGGUGGGCCCAUGGUGGAGGCAAUAAAACCACGCUGCAGGAAUACCGAAAAAUACUCGACGCCAUGACCGAAAGAGAUGUGAGUAAUAAUUUUUCUAAUUAUGUCUAUAGUAGAGUUACGGAUUUUUCUAAUUAGUUUAAAAUAUGCUUAGGUUUGUUGGACCCCGUAUGGUACCGGUGCACAUUACUUACAUCCUCGGAGCAUGUAUUACGGCACGAUACAGUUCAUGGAUAUAGUGGAGCCGUACAUGCCCGACCGAGGGUUGCGGCAGUUUGGAAGAGUCCAGACUAUUCCUUUCCCGAUAAUUGAAUCGAACUUGCCACAUAACCGCGGCUUGUUUGGCGCGGGAUACAAAGUCACUUUCCACGGUCCUGGCGGCAUGUGGCAGAACGAGUACGCCAACUUCAUUGACCUGUCGCAAUACCCUGAAGCCUGGCCGCCGGAAACAGUUGCCGAGGAGUACAUGAAGUGGUACAUCGAGCGGACGCACCGGUUCAUUAGCAACCCUGAUAGAGUUCCGCCUGCAGAACGGGUUGUUGCUGCGGUGCCGCCAGACCAGCCGUUCGCCAACGACAUAGCUCGGCUCCUAGUUCCGAUCGUGUUCGGUUUGACUGGUGACGACGCAGCUGAGGCAUUCCUGAGCAUUCAGCCGCAGUUGAGGGACUUGUUGACGCCACAUGCCCACUAUUUGCGUCUCUUACCUAGGAGGGGUCGCGGGGGAGGUCCGAGGACUCGGGGUCGGGGGUCGAGGGGUGGACAGUAGGACAUGUUACCUAUUUAUGUAUUAGUUUCGGAUUUUUUA